AUGCACCCAAAGCAUCAAGAUCAAGAAGAAAGUCCGGUGGAAAACGCGGAGUCUGGGGGGACUACCUCCCAGCCUGCCUUAGUAGUACCGGCCGUGGCGAUAGCGAACCAGCCUGAGACUGCGGUCAAUGGCCCGCUGAUCGUUAAAAAUGCUGUGUACCAGUUCGCGAAGACUGGGGCAGGGCAUAAAGCGGUGGGAACCUACAAGCGAUCACUCUCUGAGGAGAAGAUCCUAGGGGACCCAAAACGUGUGAGGACAGGGCCGAUAGAGCGGAUGAUAACUCCGAAACUACCGCCCAUACCGGGACGAAAUAGGAGGAAACCUCCUACCAUAGAUAGUGACGCAAUACGCGAACGAGCGCACGUGACGCUAAGCGACCUCCUGCCCGAGGGUAGCAAGACUAACGUCUACUACACCCUCGAGGAAGUCGCAAAGCUAAACGAGCACAUCAGAAGCGCUGGCAAUAUCAGAAGUGACAUCACCAGAUCCGGACUGUCACUAACGGUGCUAGUGCGUCAAGCGGAGGAACUCUGGAAGGAGAUGCGAUCGAAGUACAAUACCCUCGCUGAGGAGGCCAGUACGGAGAAAGCUGCGAGAUUGUUGCUGGAGGAUAGGGUGAAAGCCCUUGAGGUCCACAACGAUUCUCACUCCUCCAUCGAAGUAGAGGACCAGGUAACCCACAGUGAAUUUAAUUCGCUACGGGAGCAGAAUGCAGCCCUACAGGCAACGGUCGAGGAACUAUCCAAGACCAUUGCGGAGCUUGCAGCUGCUAAGCCGGCCUCCACCCCAGCUGUGCUCGACAGCGAAGUGUACGCACUUCGCGAGCAGAACCAGGCGCUCAGCGCCGAGGUAGCAGCCCUGAGAGAGACGACCGUCACACCUCCUGCGUGUGAGUCUCAAUCAGGGGCCCAAUCGCCUCUUUCUUCAGAGCUUGCGAAGGCACAGCAGGAAAUCCUUAACCUGCGCGAAGAACUGAAGGGCCUCAAAGAGGAAAAGGCCAAGUGGGAGUCGGGACCGAAGCCUGGAAAGUCUGACAAGACCGGAAAGGACAAGGGCAAGAACAAGGGUAAGAACCAACAAAGUCAGAAGCCAAAGCAGGCGAAGGGUGGCGUCCAGAACGCAGAUCCCAAACCUACAGCUCCAAUCACGCCUUCAGGUAGCAAGGAGGUUGGCACCAGCCCCAAUGGGGAGUCCCAAGGUGGCAACCCGGGCGACGAAAGCAGUGAUGGACACGCUAAUGAUGGGUUCACGGUGGUGAAUCGAAGGAAACCUAGGUCUAAGCACAAGCCCCGUACGAGGAACGAGGCUAUAGCGAUAAAGGCCGACGAGAAAAGUUACGCGAGCCUAUUGCGAAACUUGCGCUCUAACGAGGAAUUUAAGGAGCUUGGUGAGGCUACUAAGUCGGUGCGGCGAACUCGUCAGAACGAGCUUCUCCUCAUUCUCAAAAGGGGUACGAAGCCCAGUUCCGAGUACGCCCGACUGGUCACCGAGAGCGUUGGAAGUGACGAAAUCAAGGUCCGGUCACUCUGUACAGAAACCACUCUCCAGUGCAAGAACCUGGACGAGACGGCGACGGCAGAAGACCUCCUUGACGCCAUAACAACACAGUGUCUUACGGGCACCCUUUCGGUACCCGUCCAAUUAAGGAAAUACACUCAAACCCCGAUGGUUUGACACCAACUGUUGUCAAACGAACGGGGUCACUUUUUAGUUUGACACCCCUUUUACACGGAGUUCACACACACUCCGAAACGUUUGUUUUGAUAGUAUGCGUGAGUGCCGUGUAAAAAGUGACAGUUCGUCACUUUUUAGUUUGACUUUGACCAACCAACGGGGUACAAACUAAAAAAGUGUCAAACAAAAAAGUG